CCGAACAGUGGCCAGUUUGGGUAGGGAUUAGGUGGUCCUGAUUGAGAUGCCGCACUAGUGUAGUGUACCAGCAGCACACAUGAAGCAAGAGCAUUCUCGUUUUAGUAACCCCGCAGUGUAUCGUGGGUUGUGUAAAGCUUGGACAAGAUGGCUUUCACAAUCCAGGUAGCGAGGACCAAGUUAUUGGGGUCGAGUGGUCCAAUUGUUCAACGCGCAGACGUGACACGGCGACAAGCUAGGCCGGUCCGAUCCUGCCCCGACACCACCCCUUUCGGCUUUCGGGGAGCACGAAAGUGCCCGGCUGCGCGCGUGUAUAUAUAAGGCCGCCUGCCGCCGUCCUGCCAUUCCCGUCUCCAGUAAAUAUCUUCGGUUGGGCUGAGGCUGACUACGAAUCGGUUCCAAGGUUAAGCCACCCCAUAACGUGCGCCCACGAGCGGAGCCGGAGCGUGCUGCGCGAUGAGCGAGGGCACGCGGAACACGCGCCCGUUCCUUGGCGCGUCGGGCGGUGGCUUCGGCAGCGCAAGCUACCGGGACGGCAUUGGGUCCCCGAGGUACAGCGGUGGCGUCAACACGGGGAUCCUGGACGAGCAGGUGCUGUCGCUGGUGUUCCGCUCCAUCAAUUGGGACCCGCAGGCGGUGUGCACGGCCGCGAGCGUCAGCCGGCGCCUGCGCGCCGUCGCGGAGCGCGUGCUCUGGCGCGAGCUCUGCGUCUCCAGGGCCCCGCGGAUGGUCGCGUCCCUCACGGCGCCCGGCGCCGGGGUCGCGCCGACUGCGCCUCCGGGGCGCGUCGGCGGCGGGUGGCCGGCGCUGGCGAAGCUGCUCUCCUUCUGCUGCGGCGCGGCGGUGUCCGCGGGCGUGCCGGUGGCGGUGCCGGGGCACCUGACGCGGGUGUCGCGCUUCUCCAAGACGUCCGGGCGGAGCUUCCUGGCGCGGCGCUGCAGGGGCGACCUGCUGUACGUGUCGGACCCGUGCGAGCACGCCGUGGCCGGGCCUGGGGACGAAGACGUGGGCGCGUACCGGGGCGUGUUCCGCUGGUUCAUGCGGUCGCGGACGCGGGCCUGCCUGCUGGGCCGCAACGCCGCGCUGGACCCGCGCGUGCGCUGCCCUUACUGCGGCGCGCGCGUCUGGAACAUGGUGGCCGCCAGGCUCGUGCCGCGCAGCGCCUGGCGCAGGAUGGGCUCCCGCGAGGCCGGACUCGAGUACUACGUCUGCGUCAGCGGGCACGUCCACGGCAGCUGCUGGCUCGCGCACCUCACCUCCAGUGAAGACGGCGACUCCGACGACGACGGCAGCGGCACCGGAGACGACGACGAUGUCGCGCCGUGAGCCCGUGAACGUGCUAGGCAACACCAUGUGCUCCAUUUUUCCAUGGAUUGGGAGCAGAGAGCAGCGCGCAGUGUGUGGCUGUACGAUCGACAUUCGACAGUGUAGCAUGGAGCUGGAGUGAAUUAGGCUGAGUGCUUGGAAGAGGAAUAGGAUGGGAUGGUUGCUGCUGCUUGGAUGUGGCAAUGGCACGCUGUUCACUGUUCUUAGCGGUCGUAGGCGUUAUGUAUCUUUUUGGCGUGAUCUGAGCUCGUUUUUUUAGUUCAUUAUUGUUCUGUCGGUUGCAGGCCGGCGGCCUUGUUUUAUUCUCUCAUGUUUGCCUUUCUAAA